GCUCAGCGACAGCUCAGCUCCGAAAGCGUCACUGGCCCAUGUGGGAAUCGAUCUGGGAGCCCCGUUGCUCAGAACCUCCCCCACCCCUUAGGCCAACUCAACCCUCUGAGCCACUCAGCCGCCCCUGGAGCUUGUAUUUUUAUUGUCUCACGGCAUGGUAUUUUAAGUAUUGAUCCGCAACUUGCUUAUAUCAUGUAUAAUAUACUUGUGUUACUAUAAAAAUCAGGACACUGAACAUUUAAACUGCUUGCUUCUUGGGGAAAAAGACCGAGAUUGCGUGUAAUGGUCAGCCGGGACCUUAGGCCUUCUCGAGGGCAGCCGAGAGAGGCGCGCGUGAGCACCGGCCGAGGUACAACGGGGCGUGGAGCGGCCACAGCUCCGCUGCCCCGACGGCCGCAGCCCGAGGCCCAGCCCACUAGGGCGUCCGCUCCGGGUGUGAAGUCCGCGCAAGAUCAGCCCACUCUUCAAACCCGGAAGGGGGAAGGGUCGGAGCCUGCGGCAGGGCCCGCCCCCUAUAGCGGCGCGCCGCAGUCCGGGCGGGACUUCCGCUUCUCAAGUGCUACUUCCCGACUUAGUGGUGAUCACGGCGGGAGCCAAGUGCAGCGGCAGUGGGCUGGCAGCUCACCUCAGCAAACCGUUGAAAAGAAAAGCCACAACCGUCACAAGAUCCUCUCGCCUCCAAGCUGGAGUGUAAGGGAUGGCAGAGGAAGACACUCCCACGGGGCUCAGAGUUACUCUGAUUUGGAAGAUGACGCUCAGCCCACGGCGGCUAGAAUCGAGUCUCCCAGGAGCCAAGACCAAAGGAUCGGAGCUAAUCAAAGAAAAUAACGGUGUUGGGU